AUGGACAAUGUCACCGAGAGAGAUCCAUUGGCUACUCGUAUACGUGUUCUCGAAGAAUUCGGAAAAAUAAUAACACAAAUCGCAACAAAUCCAGAGUUAUGGAGAAAAUUGAGUUUCGAAGCUCACAAAGAGUUGUGUAAAGAGCUGGGAGAAGACUUCAUGGACUAUCCGGAGUUUGAAUUCUGGUUUUCAAGAUUUCUUCAAGGAAAUUUCAAUUUGGAUUAUCAUAGAAGUUCCGAUCCGAAAGCCCGCUCAUUCCUCGACUUGCCAUGGGAUACUUUUGAAAAAGUUGGCGAAUACUUGAGGUUAUAUGACAGAUUGGAACUCCGAAAUGUGUGCAAGGAUGUUCGAGCUCGAGUCGAUAACUGGGAUCCAAAAGUAGCCAAGAUUUGUUAUUACACUGUGAAGGUAUGGUCUAUUGAUCACAAGUCAAGACGCGAAUCCUAUUUUUCACAAACUAUGGAAAUACAUGACAGAUUCAAUAAUAGUAAUCCCAUGUCUUUCGUGAUGAAUGUGCUGAAACACCCAAAACUUCAAUUGGAGGAAUUGACUAUUUAUAGAGAAGAUCAGGAUUGGAAGAAAUUGAUUAAACGAUUGGACAAAUCGAAUCAAAAACUUCAUGUGAAGAAGGUCGAUUUCGCACAUUUUUACCGUUCAUCAAAAAUUGAUCUACACUUUAUGAUUCCCGGAGUACUCGAAGAGAUCAAAAUAUUGUUUUUGUAUCCAAAACGCAAUGAAUUGUCUGAAAUUAUUGAAUCGGAGCAAUGUCAAGCAUCUCGAAUGUUGCAUAUUCAAAGUGGCACCUGCCCUUCGGAAUUUCCAUUGGAUGUUCUAUACAAUUGUCCUCGAUUCACUUUGCGACUCGAAGGAAAACAUGAAGAUGUUUAUAAACCAAACUUCCUCAAGACACUCAUGAAUAAAGGUGUAGUACAAAAAUGCGUUAUCUACAUGCUCGAGCCGUCAGAUAUUACCUUCAGUCCAAGUGAAAUCUUGAAGUAUUUCAAUGAACCGGAAGCCAUGGUUCAGGACAUCCCGUCGCUUCGUCGUUAUCCGAUUCCAGGAACCAACGAAUUCUACGAACUAGAAUAUCGAGAAGAAGUCAAAUCUCGAAAGGGACCCGGCUUUCGAGAGAAUCUUGUCCGCCUCGAAAGAAAACAUAAACCUCACGAAAUGGCGGAGAGAGAUCAAGUGGUUACUCGUAGACGAAUUCUCGAAGAAUUCGGAAAAGUACAGAUGCAAAUCGCAGCAAAACCGGAACUGUGGAGAAAAUUGAGUUUCGAAGCUCACAGAGAGUUGUGUAAAGUGGUAAAGUGGUGGAACUUCAUUAACUAUCCGGAAUUCGAAUUCUGGUUCUUGAGAUUUGUUCAAGGAAAUUUUGAUUUGGAUUAUGAUAGAAGUUCCGAUCCAAAAGUCCGCCCGCUCUCCGAUUUACCACAAGACGUUUUCGAAAAAAUUGGUGAAACCUUGGAGUUACAUGACAGAUUCCAACUCCGUAAUGUGUGCAAGGAUUUUCGAAUUCAAGUCGAUAACUGGGAUCCGAAAGUGACUAAGAUUUACUAUAGCAGUGCGAAUGAUUGGAGAAUUUGGCAGACAUCGAGACCCGCACUUUACUGUGCGGACAAUUUUGGACUAAAUGAAAAUAACAGAUUCCGUCCUGGUUUUCACCGAUAUCCUAUUUCUUUCGUGAUGAGUGUGCUGAAACAUCCGAAACUCCAAUUAGAGAAAAUGACGAUUGACCUACAAGGAAUUAUGUGGAAGAAAUUGGUUAAACGACUGGACGCAUCAAAUCGGAAACUUCAUGUAAAGAAUGUGGAAUUUCAAAACCGUCAACGUCGAGCGAAUAUCGAUUUGCGCUUUAUGAUCCCCGGAGUUCUUGAAGAGAUUAAAAUGUUCCUCGUGGAUCCAACACGCGAAGACAUUACUGAAAUUGUUAAAUCGGAGCAAUGUCAGGCUGCGAAACUGGUGUAUAUUGAGAGUCCGAUAAUCUUUUCACAAUUUCCAUCGGAUGUUCUAUACAAUUGCCCAAGAUUCACUCUGAAAUUCGGAGGAUCACCUGCAUACCGUUUAAAAGCGAAAUUUCUCAAGAAACUCAUGAAAGAAGGCAAAGUUCAAAAAUGUGUUAUUUACGCUCACUGCCAAAUCUUGAAGCAUUUCAAUGAACCGGAGGCAAUGGUUCCGAACUUCCCGUCGCUCCGUCGUUAUCCGAUUCCUGGAACCAAUGAUUUCUACGAAAUCGAAUAUCAAGAGAAGUCUAUUCGUCUCGAAAGAAAAUAA